UGCUGUUCCGACAUAACAACAUAAUUCUCACGACCUUUCAAAAACUAUCAAAACUAUUAAAUUGAUAUAAAACAGGAUUCCAGUAUAUAUAAAUAAUAACCAGGACUUACUCCUGGUUUACAAGAAUGAAUCAAUUCAAGGCUUUUUGUGUGUUUAUCCUGGUGUUUUCAGUACUUGUGCUUGCUAAAAGGAGAGGAUCUCAUAUUAGAAGGAGAGAUGUUAGUCCCCCAGGCCCUGUAGAAAUUCCAAUAAUGCCCGGGCCCCCUUGUCCCCCAGGGCAUGUAGAAACCCCAGGGUUUGGUCACACAAACAGAAUCUGUUUCAGUCCAGCGCAACCAAGUGGUAGAGAUGAUGUACCACAACCACCCUCCUUUCUGCCAGAAAAUUUUUACGUCCCACAACCUCCAGGUGACAGAGGAUUUCCUCCAGGGGAAUUUGAACCACCACACGCCCCCGGAGAAAAACCCUAUCCGCACAUUCACAAUCCUCCUACAGAACCACGAGAUAAAUACCAUCCUCCUUUUGAUCCUACGGGACCUCCGAUUAUUUGGAGAUAUUGAAAUUUAAGGCGUGUUCCUAGUAUUGGAAAGAAAAUUAAGAAACUUUUUAUCUAAUGACUUUGAUAUUGAAUAAAGUCCAGUUGGUGAGUGACAAAUAGGAAGAGGACAGAAGAAGUAGCUGUAAUUUGUAAAAAGUUAACCAUGCUGAAUUAAUAAAAAAUAAAACAUUUCAA